GGCGAGCGGCUAGCGAUCAAAAUCCACUUGUCAGAACUGUGCGCGGAAGUUCUCAGCAGCAACAACAGAGACCACAACAUCAGCAGAGCCGAGAUGAAUCCCGGAGGGCGCAGACUGAAACAGUGGCUGAUCGAGCAGAUCAACAGUAAUAUUUACUCGGGGCUGCUGUGGGAGGAUGAGAAUCACACCAUGUUCCGAAUCCCGUGGAAACACGCAGGAAAACAGGACUACAACCAAGAAGUGGAUGCGUCCAUUUUUAAAGCUUGGGCAGUGUUUAAGGGGAAGUUUAAAGAAGGAGACAAAGCUGAGCCAGCGACUUGGAAGACCAGGCUGCGAUGCGCCCUAAACAAGAGUCCAGAUUUUGAGGAGGUAACUGACCGCUCGCAGCUGGAUAUCUCAGAGCCAUACAAGGUGUACAGGAUUGUUCCCGAGGAGGAACAGAAGUUAGGUAAAAGCACAACCACUACCAUGAACAUGAGCUGCCCAUCGGAUGCAACUGAGAUGGAGUGCAGUCCAAAUUUGAUUGACCAAUUCAUCAAAGAGCCAUCAAACGAAGAAUACAUUGGCAUUAUUGAUAGGAGCCAUUCUCCUAUGGAGGAGAACAGCAAAGUGCAGCCAACGCAAGAGUGGUGGCACCAGGGUCCACACAAUGUUCUCCCUAUUCUACCGGAUCCCUCUCCAAUAAACACUUUUAACGCUGCUUUCUCUCAGAUGAUGAUCUCUUUCUAUUAUGGGGGAAAGCUAAUGAACAACACCCUGACCAAUCACCCAGAGGGCUGCCGGAUAUCUCCAGUCAAUUCUCCUGUGGCCAACCCAAUGCUGUAUGGCCCAGACAGCCUCCAGAAUGUGCGCUUCCCACCCGUGGAGCUCAUCGAGCAUGAGCGCCAGCGGCAUGUCACCCGUAAACUCUUUGGGCACCUGGAGCGCGGUGUGCUGCUGCGGGCCAACCGCGAAGGCAUCUUCAUCAAGCGCCUGUGCCAGAGCAGAGUAUUCUGGAGCGGGCAGGACUCCCAGUACAGCCCCAGUCCCAGCAAGCUGGAGAGAGAUGCUGUGGUCAAGAUCUUUGAUACUGGCAGGUUUUUUCAAGCCCUCCAGAUGUAUCAGGAUAAUCAGUACCCGGCUCCAGACCCCACCGUCUCUCUGUGUUUUGGAGAGGAGUUCAGUGACUUCAGCACAGCCAAGAGCAAGUUAAUCAUUGUGCAAAUCACAGCAGUAAACUGCCAGCAGCUCUUAGAGGCAGUGACAGCCAGGAAGACUCAGUACAGCAGUGGCAACCUGGAGAUCUCGGAUGAGAUAGCAAGUGACCAGAUGGCUCGCAUUUACCAGGACCUGUGCAACUAUCCUUCCCAACGGGCACCCUGCUACCGGGACAAUCUGCCCAUCACUGCCUGAAACACAGCUCUGACAUCAGCUCAAAUCAAGAGGAACUCUGCAAACUGACUAAAAAAAUUUACAGACAAGAUGUGUCUAUAAAACUUGACAGCAGGAAGCAUUAGCACAAAGGCACGCAGUUAGAUAAAGCUAUAUGUAGCAUCAUGUUCAGGGCUAGAGAAAGUAUUUGACAAAAUGUUCUCAGGGAAACUGUAUAGUGAAAAUGUAUUUUUCAGUCUAAAACUUUUAUUUGACAAAAAUUCUUGCAAAAUAUUUGUUGAACUGCAUUUUUUUGUACCGCCUUUUUUUUUUCAAACAGCAGGUCAGUUGUGUGCAUGUCUAUUCCAAGCCAUUAAGUAGAUAGGUUUUACUAUCCCUAGUUUUUGUACUAACGCUCUUGAAAUAAACAUUUUUGUAAGUAGUA